CUCCCAUCCUCGAGUUCCGGGUUUGGAACCACCUCCUCCGCGUCUUCUUCAGCACGCGUGGUGUCGCCGGCGCUGCUGGGCCCGAUAUCAGCUUGUUGGCUUUUUUUUUUGUCAUCUGUAACUGACUGAGUGGGGGGAAAAAGACACCAUGGUGCUCAAUAGUUUAGACAAGAUGAUUCAACUGCAGAAAAAUACCAGUAACAUCAGGAACAUCUGCAUAUUGGCUCAUGUGGACCAUGGGAAAACCACGCUUGCAGACUGCCUUAUAUCUAGCAAUGGAAUCAUCUCUAGUCGCCUAGCUGGGAAGUUAAGAUAUAUGGAUAGCCGAGAAGAUGAACAGAUUCGAGGGAUCACCAUGAAAUCUAGUGCCAUUUCCCUCCACUAUGAAAAAGAUGAUCAGGAAUACCUCAUUAAUCUAAUAGACUCUCCAGGACAUGUGGAUUUCUCCUCAGAAGUAUCAACUGCCGUUCGAAUUUGUGAUGGCUGUAUCAUUGUGGUGGAUGCUGUGGAAGGAGUCUGUCCACAGACACAAGCAGUUCUUCGACAAGCCUGGCUAGAAAACAUCCGCCCAGUUCUAGUGAUCAAUAAAAUAGAUCGUUUGAUAGUGGAACUGAAAUUCACACCUCUGGAAGCAUAUUCUCACCUGAAGAAUAUCUUAGAACAGAUUAAUGCACUCACUGGGACUCUUUUUACUUCUAAAGUCUUAGAAGAAUGGUCCAAAAGAGAAACCGAAACCCAAGCGAGUUCAGAUUCUGUACCAGGAGAGCAAGUUUAUGACUGGAGUGCAGGCUUGGAGCAUACAGAUGAUUCUCACCUUUACUUCUCACCAGAUCAGGGAAAUGUGAUAUUUACAAGUGCAAUAGAUGGAUGGGGCUUUGGAAUCAAGCAUUUUGCCAAACUAUAUAGCCAAAAACUUGGAAUCAAGGCUGAUGUUCUUUUGAAGACCUUAUGGGGAGAGUACUACCUAAAUACAAAAUCAAAGAAAAUUAUGAAAGCUGACCAGACAAAAGGAAAGAAACCUUUAUUUGUACAGUUGGUCCUAGAAAAUAUAUGGAGUCUCUAUGAUGCAGUCUUGAAAAAGGACAAAGAAAAAAUUGAUAAAAUAGUAAGCUCAUUGGGACUAAAAAUUGGAGCACGGGAGGCACGACAUUCUGACCCUAAAGUUCAGAUCAAUGCCAUUUGCAGCCAGUGGCUUCCAAUAUCAACUAGUGUUCUUGACAUGGUAUGCCAGAAACUCCCUAGUCCUCUUGACAUCCCAGCUGAGCGAGUAGAGAGGCUGCUAUGCACUGGAGCAAAGACAUUUGAUUCUCUUCCACCAGAAACCCAGGAACUAAAGACAGCUUUUAUGAAAUGUGGAAGUGAAGAAACAGCCCCAGUCAUCAUCUUUGUUUCUAAAAUGUUUGCAGUUGAUGCAAGGUCUUUGCCUUGUAACAAACCAAGGCCUCUAACUCCAGAAGAAAUUGCUCAAAGGCGGGAAUUUGCGAGACGAAGGCAUGCAGAAAAGUUGGCUGCUGCUCAGGGGCAAAUGUCAUUGGAACCAACACUUGUUGGAAAUAAUGCAUCUGAAAUCGGUCCAAAGAAAGAAGAGACAAAAAAUGAUGAGCAGCUGACUAGUCCAGUUGAGACUAUCACCUUAAAACCUGCUAUGCAAGAAGCAGAGGACAAAGAUUCUUUCAUUGCUUUUGCUCGAGUAUUUAGUGGUGUGGCUCGAAGAGGACAGAAAAUUUUUGUCUUGGGCCCCAAAUAUGAUCCUGCUGAAUUUUUGCAAAGGGUGCCGUUAGGCUUUUCGGCUUCUUCAGAUGAUCUUCCAUCAAUUCCCCAUAUGGCUUGUUGUACUUUGGAAAAUCUUUACCUUUUGAUGGGAAGGGAACUAGAGGAUCUACAUGAAGUGCCUCCAGGCAAUGUGCUAGGCAUAGGAGGUCUUCAAGAAUUUGUCCUGAAAUCUGCAACCCUGUGUACCUCACCGUCUUGCCCACCCUUUAUCCCACUGAACUUUGAAGCCACACCUAUUGUGAGAGUCGCAAUUGAACCAAAACAUCCAAGUGAGAUGCCACAGUUGGUCAAAGGAAUGAAGCUUUUAAACCAAGCUGAUCCAUGUGUGCAAGUUUUAAUUCAAGAAACUGGUGAACAUGUUUUAGUUACAGCAGGGGAAGUCCACCUCCAACGAUGCCUGGAUGAUUUGAAAGAAAGGUUUGCAAAGAUUCAAAUCAGUGUAUCUGAACCAAUCAUCCCAUUCAGGGAAACAAUUACUAAACCACCAAAAGUUGACAUGGUCAAUGAAGAAAUAGGUAAACAACAGAAGAUUGCCGUCAUACACCAAACCAAAGAGGAUCAAAGUAAACUCCCUGAGGGAGUCCAGGUUGAUGCAGAUGGGCUUAUCACAAUAACCACCCCAAACAAACUUGCUACUCUCAGUGUCCGAGCCAUGCCUCUCCCAGAAGAAGUCACUCAAAUCCUUGAAGAAAAUAGUGAUCUGAUUCGUUCUAUGGAGCAAUUGACUUCUUCUUUGAAUGAAGGGGAAAAUACGCAGAUGAUUCACCAGAAGACCCAGGCUAAGAUCCAGGAGUUCAAACAAAAGUUGGAGCAAAACCUACAGGGAAGAAAAUGGAGGAAUAUUGUGGACCAGAUCUGGUCAUUUGGUCCUAGGAAAUGUGGACCCAAUAUAUUAGUAAAUAGAUGCAAAGAUUUUAAGAGCUCUGUAUGGCAGUGCCUUGAGAGCAAAUUUAUUAAAGAAACAAGUAAAUACAGAGAUUUUGACAAUAGUAUCAUCAGUGGUUUUCAGCUGGCAACAUUCUCAGGCCCCAUGUGUGAAGAGCCACUCAUGGGAGUCUGUUUUGUUCUAGAAAAAUGGGACUUAAGUAAAUUCUUUGGUCAAGGAGCAACUGAGAAAGCUGAUGAGGAACUUGACAGAGGUGAAGCCGCUUCUGACCUAAAUAGACCUUUAGAGCUCCCCACUGAAAAGGAACAGUUUCAAAAUGACUGCCCAGAAAUCUUUGAAAAAAAGAACAAACGUAAAGGAGAAACCUUGCUGGCUGACUGUUACGGCCCUUUCUCUGGUCAGCUGAUUGCUACCAUGAAGGAAGCUUGCCGUUAUGCACUACAAGUGAAACCCCAGCGCCUAAUGGCAGCAAUGUACACCUGUGAGAUCAUGGCCACUGCAGAAGUGCUCGGUCGGGUCUAUGCUGUCUUGUCAAAGAGAGAAGGUCGAGUGUUGCAGGAAGAAAUGAAAGAAGGGACGGACAUGUUCAUUAUCAAGGCUGUGCUUCCAGUAGCUGAAAGCUUCGGAUUUGCUGAUGAAAUAAGAAAGAGGACAAGUGGCCUUGCUAGUCCACAGCUGGUGUUCAGCCAUUGGGAGAUAAUUUCCAGUGAUCCAUUCUGGGUUCCAACUACUGAGGAAGAGUAUUUGCACUUUGGGGAGAAAGCUGACUCAGAAAACCAAGCUCGAAAGUACAUGAAUUCAGUACGAAAGCGGAAAGGACUUUAUGUGGAAGAAAAAAUUGUGGAACAUGCAGAGAAGCAAAGAACACUUGGCAAAAAUAAGUAACUGACUCUGUUUUCAGUUCUGUACAUUGGUGGAUCAUUUUUUCCCCUCUAACAGAUUAAAAGUAUCACUAAGGAUUUGACAUUUUUCUUUCUGCUCCAGAAUUUGUUCACUUUUAAUAAACUUGAGCCAUUUUGGUAUAUUAAAUACAGUUAUUCAAAAAGGAUGUUGAUAAGGUAUUUUUUAAGACUGAUUUUAUUCUAAGGCAAGUACAUCUUACAGGUAUUUAAACAAUGAUUUGUCGGUUUUAUACAUAAAUUAAAAGAUUGUAAUACUAAUAUUGAGUAGAUACAAUUUUUAAUACAGAGACAGCAAAUUAUGGAAUCUUUGGUUUGUGUUUGUUGCUUUUUUGUUUGGUGAAAGGUCAUCAUGGUUUUACCUUGCAUCCUGAAAUUUUGUACAUUUCUUCAAUGGACUUUGUAGUCUGAAAACAUUUUCUCCAUGAGCAUCCACAAAUUAAUAUCAAAAUUGUGCAACAGAAACAUUUUUGCAUGUGAAAAAUCAAACUAUAACUGGCAUAUUGUAUGGAGAUCAUGUGUUUAAUAGAAAAGUAGCCAUUUUCAACUCAGUAUAAUAUAUCAAAUCCCAAACAAUUACAGUAAGUCACUUAAAAGCAUUGCUUCACAAUGUUUUUUUACUAUGUAAUAUGCCAGUAACUCACCUUGUCAACUGACUUUUUGAACAACCUUCAUAGAUUACUGUGAAUAUCUUCUUAAAUUCCUUUUAAGAUGUAAUGGGAAUGAUAUCACACAUGCUUAAAAAUUAUGCUACCAUCAUGACUUCCCUGUGAUUAUUGAAUUGCUCAUUUUCCCAGUUUUCCAAAAAGAAUCGUGGCCAGUGUGCAUAUAUUUGCUGACUUUUAGCACACAUAAUUUUUUUUUCCACCAAAUUUUCUCAGCAUUUAAAAGGGGAAAACUAGUUCGAUUACAAAAGUAUAGACUUUGUAGUCCUUUCUACUUCAGUGAUGUUUUUGAAAGUUACUUGGAAAAAAUGAUUACAUUUUGUUCUUUUCUUAACAGUGUUCUGACUGGACUUUGUUGCAGUGUUUUUAACAUUUGUCCUUGAAGGCCUUCCAUAGUCAUUAUUAAUACUGAAAGAAAACAUUUGUUGUUUUCUAGCACCAUGACCUUGGUGAUUUCUGGGCCAGUCUACUUGAGAUUGUUCAGUAAAGUCAAAUCAGAUACUACACUGUUUCAGUGCCUCAGUUUAACAGGAUUAUUUAUAGUAACUAUUAGUUUGAUUUCCUGUUUGGGAUAAUUUGGGGCUGUAAUCAUGCUUAAUCUUAAAAUCAUAGCACUUAAAAUAGUAAUAUUUAAGCUGUUGGUUGUGCUAGGCAUAUUAUUUCAAAACUAUGCACCAUUAUUAGGAUAUAUUGCCAUUAUUGUUAUUGAGGAAUAGAGAGGCACGUGGUGGAUGUGAGCAGGCCACAACAUAUAACCAGCAUGGGAACUCCAAAGAAGAACAGGAAUGAAAAGAUUUCAUCAGGGAAAUACAUGGGAGGAAAAUAAAAUGGGCUGGUCAUGUGGCAGGUAUAAAUAAUGACAACUAGGCACCAGAGAACUCCCCUGGCAUCUUCCUGAUGUCAAAAAAGUGAGGGAGGUCUAAAAACCUUUUGGUCGACUCUUGAUGGUGAAUUUAUUGGAAGACAUGGACUACAUACAAUUGUAUGGGAUAGGCUGGAAGAGAUGGGUUUAUAUCUGCAUCUUUGGAGGAAACCUCCAAAUUGAUGAGAUUACAGAACAAUAAGUAUUCUUGAAAAGAAACAUCAAAGAAGCUAGCAAGAUGCCCCCCAUGUCGGAAGGAAAUGAUUCCUUUUCUUUCUGUGGUUUCUACUAUUGUACUCUCCAGACUCUGCUCUGGACAAAAUUGAUACAGAAAUAUUCAAUGUAGUUUCAUUUGUUCUCUUUCUCACCUUCUUUAGUAUAACUCUUCAAAGAAAAGCAUGAAUAGGAAGCACCAUAUUUGAGAAAGUCAGAGUCUAUGUAGGCUUUGCAGCCCAGACCAGCCCUAGCCAUCUUCUUACAACACAACCAGAUUACAUUUAGGACCAUUAGGUAACUUUCCAUGAAAAUCCAAAGUAUUAAGAUCCUUGUUGCCUGCAUGAAGUUGAAAAGGAUGAGCAAAUUUGAGAAAAUAAAAAGGCAUUCAAUUGUGAAGUGAUCAAAUUUACCCUCUUUUUAAUCAACAAAUGUUUUAAAUGCAUUUAUUAUGUCAUGUUACAGGCCCCAUCCUGUGCCCUCAAAAUCUAGGCAAUAGAAUAUUGUAUCAUUUGGGAAAGAGAAACAUACAAGUGUAAAUAUAUAUAAAAAUUUGGGGCUGGGGAGUCAGUUGCAUCUAGGGGAUGAGGAUUUUUAUGAAGUGAAUAAACAUUUUUGAGUAAUAUAAACAAAAUAGCACAGUUUCAUGUACAGAAUAGUGAAAGUCCAAAAUUCAAAUCAAGUCUUAAAAAUAUCAAAGAUAUCAAGAACAAUAGAAACCAAACACAGAUGCUAGGAUUAAAGCAUAAAUUAAAUAAGUUUUCCACAUAGCUUUGUUUAUGAUGGCAAGGAAAGUCUUCUCCUUGGAAAGCUACAUCCAAAAGCUGAAGAAAACCAGAAGCAGCAGCACAUGAGUACCCAUCUCCAAUUCCUUUUGAUCCUCAUAUGGCAUGAAUUUGAUUCCCUUCCAACUAUUUUGGUCCAAUGCAAUUUACUAAGUGCCUACUUUGCAAAGCACUUUGUUAGGAGGCUGUGAUAUAACAACAGAACAAUAAAUUAUCUGCCCUCAAGUUUACAUUCUUACAUAUAUAACAUGUAAUCAGGUAUAUGUGUAUGUACAUCCAUAAUAUAAUUUAAGGAGGUGGGAAAGAGUUAAGAAGUAGAAGAAUUAGAAAACCAGCCCACCUCAUAUUGCAGGUAGCAUAUAAACCAAGCCUUCAAAGAGGCUAGGGAUCCUAAGAGGAGGAAGUGGGACCCCCCCUGGAAAUAUUCCAGUUUUUCAAUGUUAUUCCUAAAGGUUAGUUCCCCAAACUUCGCACAGUCUUCUCACUAUGUGUUCUAAAUCAGAAUGCAGUGGGACUCUCACCUCACAGUCUUGUUCUUGUUCAGUUGUCAUAUUUGAACCAAUUUGGAGUUUUCAUGGCAAAGAUCCUGGAGUGGUUUGCCAUUUCCUUCGCCAGCUCAUUUUACAGAUGAGGAAACUGAGCCAAAGAACAGGGGGAAACACUUUUACCCAGGGUCACACAGCUAGGAAGUGUCUGAGGCUGGAGCUGAACUCAGGAAGAGGAGUCUUUCCUACUCCAGGCCCAGCACUCUUGCAUUGCACCACCUGGCCUCCAGGGUCAUAGAGUUUUUGCAUAGUAUAUUGUUAAUCCCUAUUGAACUGGCUACAGAGAUAAUCCUAGGAUGUUGGGAUCCAAGCAUUAAAAGGGGCCAACUUUGGAUUACUGCUUUCCUUACAGUUUUCAUGUUGUCCUGGAGCCCCUGGGUGCCCUGGAAUUUCUAUUAAAAAUUGCAUCUACCUGAGCAAUAAUCCUAAAGUACCACGAUUUCAACAAAUAAUUAUCAUCCCAUAAAUCAGUUCUGGGAUUAUUUUAGAAUCUGAGUCCAGAAUUUAUGCAUGCUCCUACUCAGUACUUGAUGAUGAUAGCUGACCUUAUUGGGUCUUGUUUUUUCUAUAAAUAUAUAUACCACUUCCAGUGCUAGUUGUUCUACCUGAUUACUUCUGCAAAAGGCCUGCCCCUUUAAUGGCAGGUAACUGAAGGCCCUUUAACAGAAUUGUCUAAUUUGAGAGGUAAAAGGGAUUCUAAUGGCCUUCUAAUCCAAUCCACAUGUGAUAGGAGUCCCCACUUAAUAUACUCAACAAGUGGACAUCCACUUAAGGCAAUAAUGUUUGCAAUACCAAAUUCCAUUCAUUUGUCAAAUAUAGGAUAACAGUAAUUUAAAGAUGUUCAAGUUAUUUUUUUAUGUAUUAUCUUAUUUGAAGCUCAUCAUAAAACUCUGAAGUUGGUGGGUAUUUCUUAUUAACAUUGACUAGAUGAGAAAAUUGUGUUUCAGUGAGUCACUUGAUUUGGCCAUGAUCACAUCUGGAGGUGCCAAAUGUAAUCCUUUUUUUUUUAACCCUUACCUUCUGUCUUAGAAUCAAUAUUGUGUGUUGGUUCCAAAGCAGAAGAGAGGUAAGGUGCUGGGCAAUGGGAGUUAAGUGACUUGCCCAGGGUCAAACAGCUAGGAAGUGUCUGAGGCCAGAUUUGAACCCAGGACCUCUGAUCUCUAGGCCUGGCUCUCUGAGCCACCUAGCUUCCCCCUUAAUAUAAUCGUUAUGUUCUAUAAGAUCAACAGCAUGUUAUCUUAGUUCAGUACAAAUGAAUCUCUUUGUAUGAGCUGUUCUCUUCCUAGAAUACCCUCCUUCCUUAUCUCUGCCUCUUGGAACCUCCAGUUCCCUUAAAAGCCCAAUUCAAAUGCCUUUUUCUUCAAGGUCUUUCCUGAUUCCCCCAGUUGUUAGUUUCUCCUAAGCAAGAUGAAAUUAUUUUAUUUUGAAUUUACUUAUCUGCCUAUGUCUUGUAGGUCUGCUUCCUCCUCCCACCCCCAACCUUGAAGUUAACCUCUUUGAAGACAAAAUCCAUUUUCAUUUUUGUCUUCAGAUUCCCAGUGCUAAAGAGGGACUAUAGUGAUAAGAGAAGGAUCUUAGAAGGCAGGAAAAAAUGGAUUGUAAGUUCUGCUUCUGAAACUGAGUGUUGAGUCGUGGGGACUGAGCCAGUGAACUGAGCCAGCACCUCUCAAGUGCUCCGGCCAACUCUAAGCCUGUAAAUUGCAAAAAAAAAAAAUGUGCCAAUUUAAAUGGGUAGAAAGAAUUUCUUCAACCAGGACCUCCCUAUAAGAUUGACAUGGCAUUUCACAAUUCCUAGACUAGGGCACAUAGGAGGAGCUUAAUAAAUAUUUGUUUAAUUGGGCUAUUUUUGAAUAACCAUAUUAGUAGAACUGUGAGAAGAAAUGUUAAUACAUUUUCCAGGAUCCUGUGUAAAUUUAUAUGAUUUAGAACUGUAAGGAUCUUAGAUAUAAUCUAGUCCAAUCCAUUCGUUUUAUAGAUGAGGAAACCAAAGCCCAAAGAGGUUAAAUUGGCUUGCCCCCAAAUCCCCCAGAUAGUAAGUAGGAAGAAGAGCUCACAUAACCUUGUCUUGUAGAUGAGAAAACACAGGCCCAGGGAGGUGAAGAUGUUUUCAGUGGCAAAGCCAGGGCUAAGAUCCAGAUGUGCUGGCUCGCAGCCCAAUAAUGCUUCUACUCUGUGUCUCCUUUCUUCCCUCACAGCCUCUUAUCCUUAGGUAAAAUAUUCCUAAAAAGUUGCUUCUGCCUGCACUAUAAGGAGCUGGCAUCUUGACUCGGCUUUAUUGGGCUCUGAUGUCUGCAACAUUUGGAUAUUAGAAGGUGUUUGUUCUCAGAAACAAUUUGGAAUCAAUUUAGCAGAUGGGAGCAGAAAUACAAAAUUCAUCUUUUGUCGUAGCAGAGGUCAGUGAUAUUUUUAAAAAUUAAGUGAUAUCAGCUGUCUUGCCAAUUUCCUACCAGAUUAUCCUGUUUUAAAGAAUAAAUAGGGAAAAGACUUUAUUGAGAUUCCAGAUUGUUUUCUAGAAUCCUGUUUCUCCAUUUCUCACAGUACUUAUCUGUGUCCCUUUGGGACUGACCUAGUAUACUUAUUGUCAGAGCUGAAGGGACAUUUGUCAAGGUACAGUAAAAGCUUGGAUCCUGACCAAUAAAAUAAAUGUUUGUUUAAUUAGAUUUUUUAAAUUAAAAGCAUGUUAUUUAAUAUUUUCAUAGUUUUGCAAUUAAAGCUCAUCAUAACAAUAGCUAACAUUUAUAUAAUGCUGGAAGAUUUACUUUUCCACACAUCAUCCUUUUAUUUACUUUUUAUAAAACCCUUACUUUCCAUUUUAGAACCAAUAUAAAGAGCGAUAAAGGGCUAGGCAGUAGGAGUUAAGUGACUUGCCUAGGGUCACAUAGCUAGGGAGUUACAGAGUUCAGAUUUGAACCUAGGACCUCCCAUCUCUAGGCCUGGGUCUUAGUCCACUGAUCUAUCUCUUAAUUAUUAUUAAACUAUUAAACUAUAAACUAUAAACUAUUAAACAUCCGUUUAAUGUCCUCAUUGUACAGCUAAGGAAGCUGAAGCUUCCUUAUGUAUCAUCAUGUAUCCAGUAAAUGUCAGAGCUGAGCUUUGAAGACAGUUCUCUUGAUACCAAAUCUAGAAGUCUUUCUCCUAUUUUGUGCAGCAUAGAUUCGUAGUCUGUCCAUUAGAAAAUGAGAGCCCUUGGGGGUCAUCUACUCUACCUUUUGCAUGAGUAGGAUUCCCCCCUACAGUGUUUGAUAUUCAGUCUUCACUUGAACACCUCCAGGGAUGGGAAAUGGACUAGCUUUUCAGGGCAAUCCACUCCACUUUUAGAGAGCUCUAAUUUUUAGAAAUUUUUCAUGUUUCAUGCCAACAUGUGCCUCUCUUCAUUCUUGCCUUUUUACCCCUGGUUCUGAACUCUGAGAUCAAACAGAACAAAUCUAAUCUUUUCCCACAGAUAUUUGAAGACUACUUUUUUGUGCCUUCUCUUCCCUGGUCCCAAGUCAUCUUAUCUCUGAACUAAAUAUACCCGGUUCCUUUAAAGGAUUCUUACACGGUGUGUUUUCAGUGCCCUCACCAUCCUGCUUGUCUUCUUCUUAAUAUGUUCCACUUUGUCAAUGUUCUUCCUACAAUAUGGCACCCAGCACAGAGUACUGCACAAUUGUGCAGAAUACUGUAGUCAUGACCUGGCUAGUGCAGAGUACGUCAGAACAGUUACCUCCUUUAUUCUAGACACUGUGUUCCUAUUAAUACAGCUGAAAAUUGACUUGAAGGUUGUAUUUCCUGAUUUUUAAAAGAAAGGAUAAUAGGGGAAAUGACUGGAGAAAAAUUACAGAUAAUAUCUUUUAUUUUAAAAGAUUGGAAAGAUGUAUCAAGGCUGCCCUUGAAAAAUUGAGAAUGGAAAGACCUGGCUUUUGCUAACAUUUUUCUACUGCAGACCAGAUCUUUAUCAUCACACAAUUGGCUGAAUACUGUAGAAGACAUAAAACCUGCUGCAUUUAUUAUGAGAAAAUUAUUUUUAAGAAGCAUUCAACUUAGAGGCAAAUGUAACUUUUGAGGCUUUCCUCCAACAUGUCAUUUCCUAUGCAUUUAUUAAGAUCGUACAAGAUUCCUUUAUAGAUGCAACUCCAAAAAUAACUAAAAAUCCUUCAGUUAUCAAGAUCAAGCCAGAUUUUUUUUAUAAGGGAAAUGUUUGCUUGCCAAAAAUGUCCUCUGUUUUCAAGGAGAAUGCCCCAUACAAAAUCCAAAGGAAGGAGAGAUUCCUUAUGAAUGGGAACCUCAGUUUCCUUAUCUGUAAAAUGGGACCAUAAAUACAUGUAAUACUUAGCUCAUAGAAUUGUUAUGAGGCUCAAAUGUAGUGUUGUGAAAAGCAUUUUACAAACAUAUAAAUGUCACCUUUUAUUAUCAAUGUUUUGAUUGCCUCAAGUGCCAGAAUACUACAUGAUCUUUCUAAUAGUAUGCUGCAGGGGGAAAAAAAAGGAAAAAAAUGCCCAUGAUCUGCACUGUGGCAUGUAGUUGAAUGCACAGCCCUUUGACCUAGUGCCUCAGUGCAUAUAUGUUGGAUCAGCACUGCAGGCAGACAAUAAGCUGAGUCCUGAACUGAUUGGGAAGAAGGUGAACAAGCUGCAUUGCUUCUGGAAAAGUAGGUAGCACUUUCAGUGAUCCCAAACUGCUUCCUGACACAAAAUCCCAUAAUUUUAACACUAUUCUUCUCCCAGUGAUGCUCUGUAAAGGCCAAAAUUCAUUAGAUACUAUAAUCCCCAAAGAAUCCAAGUUUCAAAGGCAUGAGGUAUACCCACAGUAGUCUGAUGAUAGAGGUGGGCUGACCACAUAGAAGAAGCAAAGAAUUACAACUGAACAGCCCAAACAUUACACAGGUACUCAUGGAAUUAAGGAGGGAAGGUCUCCAGUGGAUAAAGAGAUCUUGUUUGGGCCAUUAAUGAGAAGAUGAGAAUCACACUGAAGGAGAAGGCCCGGAUGGGUUGUGAUAUGCCCUGCCUGAGAGUGUAUUGAUCCUAAUGAAAUCACAGAUCCACCGAUAGCAGAAUCUCAGAAUUCCCUCUGGAAUAUACCUGGAAGGUAAUCCAUCAGCCUUUGCUGGAAAACUUUCAUUAAGGGGGAACUCACUUCAUCCAAAGGCAGCCCAUGCCACUUUUGUCUCUUUUUAAUGAUGGAUUAAUGCAUUCAUUUUUACAUUACUUCCCAAUAAUCUUUCCACAAUUUUUUUACGUAAUAUCAUUAUGACAACAAAAUUAAGCAAAGCUACCUGUUGCAGUAACCAAAGAUGACUGAGUAUUUACACUCUGUACCUACAGCCCACCACCUCUAGGAAAGAAGUGUUCCAAAAUCAGGUGUUUGGAACCGAGAUUCGUAUUCACUUUGAGUUGUCCUCUUUCAUUUGUUUCUUAACUUCAGUUAAAGACUCUCUCUGUGUCCUCCAGGUUCUGCUUUCUUCCCUGUACAUCAGUUCACACAGAUUCUUCCUAUUCAUCAUUCUAUAGGCACAAUAACAUUACAUUCAUAUUCCACAGUUUUUUGCUCCUACAAAAAGUAUUUUUAUGAAUAUUUUGGUAUAGAAGACUUUUUUCCCCUUUCCAAUAACCUUUUUUUAUAUAUUCCCAUUAGUGAGAUCACUUGGGCAAGAGUUAUGGACAAUUUAGUAACUUCUCAAUUAAUUUCUAGAAUGGUUGUACCAAUCCACAACUCCACCAAAAAUGCCAUAUAAAAUUGUAUGCAUUUUUCUGCCUGCCGUGACAUACUGUUAACUUACAGUGAACUUCAGUUCACUUUCCUCCCUUUGUGUCUCCUGGCCUAUGAUUCACUUCAAUAAACAUUUAUUCAGUACCAAGCACUGGGUUAGGGACUCGAGAUACGAAAACAAAGACUGCCAUCAAAGAGUUGAAAGAGUCAGCUGUGGGGGCAGCUGGAGACGCGUGGUCCUGGGUCCAAAUCUGAUCUUAGACCCUUCCUAGCGGUGUAACUGAGCAAGUCACUUAACUCCCUUUGUCUAGUCCUUACUGCCCUUCUGCCUUAGAACCAAUACACAGAUGGAAGGUAUGGGUAAAAGAAAAAAGCACCAGCUGUGCAGUUGAUUUUAUUCCUUAAUUUUAAGAGCAGCUCAAUAGAUAGAUCACCAGAUCUGGAAUCAAGAACUAGUCAGGUAUAGGACUUUUUAUCUCUCUCUCUUCAGUUUCAUCUUCAUAGAUGCUGUCCCACAUUCUGAUCUUUUUUCCUGAUUGUCAUCCAGCAUUAGCUUUUCCUUUUCUGUCAUCUGCAUAUUCGAUAAACAUGCUUGCCAAGUCUUCAUCCAAAUCAUUGACGAAAAAUGCUCGGCAAUGUAGCAUAACAGAAGCCUUGAGGUCUUUGUAUGUCUCGCACUCCACCACCACCAUCACGACAGUGGCCAGGCAGCAGCCUCAUCUGUUCAAAAAAGGCUGCAAACCAGUACGUUAGCCAAGAGAUAUCAGCAUAGCUCAACAUCCAUGCAUUAAAUAAUUCACACAUUACUUGUAGGAGAGAGCUCUGUCUCCCCACACAGUGCCUGCUUACUUUGACUUUAUACAUAACUAUAUGGUUUCUAAGCACAUAAUUUAUUAGAAGCAAUAAAAUAGAAGAGGUUACAAGUAGGUUCUCUGGAUUAGUAUACUGACAGCAAUGGGAGGUUAUAAGCUGUCAGUAAGAGAAGGAACAGGAAAGCUAAAAAUAGACAAGAACUUAGUAUGCAGUCUAAGGCCAUUCAAUUUAGGGUCAGAUAACAUGAGACGUCUUUUUGGGUCCUGAGGCAUCAUUGGAUUACAGUAUAAUGAUCAGUGUUUAUAAUUAGGCUAAAUUCUAUUCGAUCUAUUUUAUUAAAAGGAAAUGUGUAUGAGGGAAGAAAGUUUUCCAUCUAAAGUCGAUAAUUUUCAAAGUUUUGGUGCUUAAGUUUGUCUUUAAGAAAAUGCUACUAUGUAGAAGAAACAAUUCCAGAGGAUUUGGGGAGAUCUGAGGUGUUACUGUAUCACAGGAUUUCCUUAACUGUGUUUCUAUAUUCUCGCUGUAACUGUUCUUUUUCUAGACAAGAAAAUAAAGUGUUGAAUUUUUACCUA